ACCAGGAAGUAGAGGAGCAGCUGCAGUGACCUCACCGGAGACGAAGGAAUCUGCUACUGGAAGCUUUCCCUGCGAAUACAAAACUCAGCUGGAAGGGGAGAGAUGCAGUGAUAGCAAGCUUCAUAGACUCAGUGCAGUGGAAUAAAAUGGCAAAGAUGUCUGGUUCUAACACAUACAAAUGGUAUAAAGGUAAUUCCACAGAACUAACAUAUAAGGGAAAUUGUUGGUUGAGGAACAUGAAACUCAGAUAUGAGGCGAAAGCUACUGACCCCAUUGUACAAGAAAUUGCAGCAUCAAGGAAUAUAAAUCCAAAGUAUGAAACUCUAAACAUUGAAUUCAAAGAUAAUAUUACCACUAUAAUCAUGACACGUCCAGCGAAAAAAAAUGCUUUUAAUGUGGAGAUGUAUAAAGAAAUGAUCCUAGCACUGGAUGCUGCUGCAAAAGAUAAAUCUGUUUUAUCUGUCCUGACAGGAUCUGGUGAUUACUUCAGCAGUGGAAAUGAUUUAACGAACAGAGCUCGAUUGUUAAAUAGAGAAGAAGAAAAAUCUCAUUUCUUGAUCCUACGGACACUUAUUGAUAGAUUCAUCGCCUUUCCAAAGCCUCUUAUUGCUGUGAUAAAUGGACCCGCCAUUGGCAUUGCUGUGACUAUAUUAGGACUGUUUGACCUUGUGUAUGCCACUGACAGGGCCACAGAGAUGCUUGUUUUCAACAAGAUGGUGACAGCACGUGAAGCAUGUGACCUGGGAUUAGUCACAGAGGUUUUUCCUGAUAAAACUUUCAAACAAGAAGUUUGGGCAAAAUUGAAAGCUUAUGCCCUUCUCCCAAAAGACACACUGACUCUCUCCAAGCAGCUGAUUCGUGGUAUGAAUAAGGAGAAGCUUCAUGCUACAUGCAAGCGAGAGUUUGAUCUUUUUAGUGAAAAUGCUUCUUCAGAGGAAUCAUAUGUCCGUCUGAGAUUUUUCCAGAAAAAGGCAAAGUUGUGAUUAUUAUUUUUUUUUCUUAAAUAAACAUUGGCACAUCUUACAAAAUAUGGCUUUUUUUACUGGAAAAGCUUAUUGGAUAAACAUUUCACUACAGAUUAUGCGGAGCAGUUCUGAUCAUUUGUAAAUAGCAGUAAAGUAUGAAGCUAUGUUAGCACUUCCCUGCAGAUGCUCGCUGCCAGACCGUAUCCAGAAACAAGAAAUAUUGAAUGUGGCGGCGCUGUGUCACCUCAGGGGGUGCAAGCUGCUCUUUUCCUCUGUGAAACCUGCCUUCUUUCACUUCCAAAAUAAAAAGCUCACAAUGGUGUAGCACGUUUCAAAUAAUAUGGUAGGCGCACAAACAGGUCAUACUCACAGGAUUUCAGUUUUAAAUCAGCCUUUUAUUAAAACCAUUACAAGGGUAUCUUCAGAUUUUAUUAAAAUAUAGCUUAACGCGUUUUGGCAAAACAAGCCUUUCUCAAGAGCAUAAAAUCAAUAUAUGUCAAAGCAAUUUAUUUGAAUUAAAAUUAUGUAUUUUUAGCAUAUUUUAUCCAAAUAUAUGUUCAAAACACAA